GUGUUUUUCAUUGAACCCGUACCCGUUUCUUCCCUGACCCGACCCAGAAAAUAAAACGAACUUAAACCCCUGUGCUCUUUCACUUGAAAAAGUUGAAAACCCUGUGAGCUCCGGCGGAUCCCAAACCCAAGGAGAUGGCCGGCGGCGGAAUCAGGCAGGUCAAAUUGGAGCGGGAGUGCGAACUCAGAAUCGAAGUCGGCAACGACGCGCCUCUCAAGCUCCGUCUUCUUAACGGUACCGCCGAGAUCUUCGGCACCGAGCUCCCCCCUGAAAUCUGGCUCACCUUCCCUCCCAGGCUCAAAUUCGCCGUGUUCACUUGGUAUGGAGCCACAAUCGAGAUGGACGGCACCACCGAAACGGAUUACACCGCCGAUGAGACGCCGAAUAUCAGUUAUGUAAAUGUGCAUGCUGUGCUGGACGCCCGGCGAAACCGUGCUAAAACGCUGUCGUCUGAUGACCCUAAUUCUCCUCAGGCUCAGGGACCGAGGGUGAUUGUCGUGGGACCUUCAGAUUCUGGGAAAAGUACAUUGUCGAAAAUGCUGCUUAGUUGGGCAGCUAAGCAGGGAUGGAAACCUACUUUUGUCGACUUGGAUAUUGGACAAGGAGCUAUAACAAUUCCAGGAUGCAUUGCUGCUACUCCUAUUGAAAUGCCUAUUGAUCCGGUGGAAGGGAUUCCCCUUGACAUGCCCCUCGUUUAUUUCUAUGGGCACACAACUCCCAUGAGCAAUGUGGAUUUGUACAGAGUGCUUGUGAAGGAGCUUUCUCAAAUGGUAGAGAGACAAUUUACUGGUAAUGCUGAAUCUCAAGCUGCUGGAUUGGUCAUCAACACCAUGGGAUGGAUAGAAGGUGCCGGCUAUGAGUUGCUUCUUCAUGCAAUUGACACAUUCAAUGCUAAUGUUGUCUUGGUUUUGGGUCAGGAAAAGCUUUGCAGCAUGCUCAGAGAUGUAUUAAAGAACAAGCCCAACGUGGAUGUUGUUAAACUUCAAAAAUCAGGGGGAGUUGUAUCCAGGAAUGUAAAAUUCCGUCAAAAAUCCAGGAGUCAUAGGAUAAGGGAAUACUUUUAUGGCCUCUCAAAUGAUCUCAGCCCACACUCUAAUAUCGCAAAUUUCGGCGAUUUAUCCAUCUUUCGAAUCGGUGGUGGGCCACAGGCCCCUCGUUCAGCUUUGCCAAUUGGUGCCGAGCCUGCUGCUGACCCUACAAGAGUGGUUCCUGUAAAUAUUAACCGUGAUUUGCUCCAUAUGGUUCUCGCUAUUUCAUAUGCUAAGGAGCCUGAUGAAAUUAUCUCUAGUAAUGUUGCUGGAUUUGUCUAUGUCACAGACAUCAACAUUGAAAGAAAGACAAUUACCUACCUUGCACCAGCCGCUGGCGAACUUCCAGGCAAAUUUUUGAUAGUAGGAACCUUGACAUGGCUUGAAACAUGAAGCAUUUCAAAAAAUUUCAUGACUAAAAAUGCAAAGACAGCUGUUCAGGUUGAUUGCUAUGGCUUCUGGUGAAUAUACAUUACAUGUUUUAUGGAUGAUGAAUUCAGUGAUCGAGGUAGAACCAGACGAGAAAGGUGUAACCAGCAACGAUGCUUCAAGCAUGUUUAACCGACUAUUGUACUCUUGGAUUAGUCGUCGAUUAAGUAUCAUUUGCACCACCUGUAGCUUGAGAUAGUUGUGUAAGGAGUAUAAGAAGUGAACUUACCAGAGAGUAAAAUGGUUCUGUAAUUCCCUGUAGCUACUCUUUCGUGUUCAUGAAGUUUCAAUGUAGUUAAACUGCUAUCUUCUUCUUGUUAGGGUUUCCAUUUUUACUGUGAAUCUCGUGCACUAA